CACAAGGGGCGUGCACUGGCAAAGCAAGACCAUUUCCCGGCAAGGGCGCCAGUGCCUCUGCUCUGUUCGUCCGGGAAGUCCGGGUCGGACGAGCGGAAAGCCUUAGAGUCCAGGCCGGCUCCCUGGAGCAAACCCAGUGGCCUGGAUGUCCCUGAUUAUUAUUAUUGUUGUUUAUACUGCGAGCACGAAAUUCUUCCCCAGGGCCUCCUCCCCCGCCCGCCCCACCUGCUCCUUCCUCCUCGUGUUGUAAUAUGCCUUUAGUGAGCCUGCGACCUCAUUACCAAGGGUGCUAGAGUUCGCAUUCAGCCACCAUGGGGAAUGGGAUGAACAAGAUCCUGCCUGGCCUAUACAUUGGCAACUUCAAAGAUGCCAGAGAUGCAGAGCAAUUGAGCAAGAACAAGGUGACACAUAUUCUGUCUGUCCACGAUAGUGCCAGGCCUAUGUUGGAGGGAGUUAAAUACCUGUGCAUUCCAGCAGCGGAUUCGCCAUCUCAAAACCUGACAAGACAUUUCAAAGAAAGUAUUAAAUUCAUUCACGAGUGCCGACUCAGGGGUGAGGGUUGUCUUGUACACUGCCUGGCUGGUGUCUCCAGGAGUGUGACUCUGGUGAUCGCAUACAUCAUGACUGUCACCGACUUUGGCUGGGAGGAUGCCCUGCACACCGUGCGUGCAGGGAGGUCCUGUGCCAACCCCAACCUGGGCUUCCAGAGACAGCUCCAGGAGUUUGAGAAGCAUGAAGUCCACCAGUACCGACAGUGGCUGAAGGAAGAAUAUGGAGAGAGCCCUUUGCGGGAUGCAGAAGAAGCCAAAAACAUUCUGGGUAAAUAUAAAGAGCAAGGGCGUGUGGAGUCCCAGCCUGGUACGAGGCGGUGGAGCAGCUUUCAGACCCUGCCUCCUCUGGCCUACAGCAACUAUACGACGGAGACCUAAUAACAGAGUGAUCUGGUGCCUGCCUUUCCAUCCCUUGUCUUCAGUGCAUUUCUGCUGGGUGCCCUGGAAUACUGACUGCCCCCAUGGAGGACAGGAGAGGGAGGGUGGCGAAGGUGGAUCCAGGCUUCUUCUCCAUGAACCCACCCCAGGCCCCUUCACUCAGCCAACUUCUGCCCUGCCUGAGCUUGGGGAGUCUGCUUGACUGCCCCGUACCAACUCAUGUGUGCACCUGUGUGCAGGCAAGUGUGCAUGUGUGCCCGUGAGCGUGAAUGUUCAUAUUGCAGCAACAGUAACAAAAUCCAUGCUGACAGCCUUGGUAUCACCACCCUUCCUUUUUCCAAGACUCCACAUGGAAGUCAUUUGAAGUUAACAUUUUAAAAGCUUCUCAGCCGGAAGCAGCCUGUGGCUGUGAGCAAACAGAAUCCAGGGUGGUCAUGGUGAGAGCAGCAGGAGUCCAGACUCCCUCCUGAGUGUUGUUCCAGGGGCCCUGGAAGACAGAGAAGGGGUGCUCUGAGCAUUGCCUCAAUCUUUCAGUGAAAGUGUCCCAGGCUGUGGCUCCUACCACCUCAAGUCAAGACCCCCUUCUCAGCCCAUCAUAUCCCUGAGUUCUACUUAGUGUUUGUUCUUGGUGGCACUGACUAUAUUUAAGUUCCAUGGGGAGACCAACCACUUCAACCCAGGCUGUAUGCCCAGAGUGCCCUUCCUUUCUACUCCUGUCCAGCUUCACUUGCUCUCAACCUCUUGUUCUCUUGCUGUUAGCACUCUGCAAGGGCCUCUUUGCAACAUUUGCAUGCAUCUUCAGGAAUUGGGAAGAGCAUUUAUUAGGCACUGUAGCAAGUUUGCAUUUAAAAAUACAUUUUAAAAUGCCUGAGCACUUAUUAAGCACUUUUGUGUAUGCUGUGGAUUUGAUAUUCGACCUCAGCUACCUCAUUAAAUGUUUUUUGAAAAGGUGUUUUCGUUACUGUAAUCAACUCAUAGUUGAAAAUGUUUGGUCAUGAUUGCUUUUGAAGCCAAAGUACAAAAGCAUCAGUAUCAAUGGGCUAUUUAAAAUUUUUGACUGGAGCUCCAAUGAUGCUUUCUAGUGGGUAAAAUUUCACAUUCAGGCCGAGGCCAGCAGGCCUGGAGAAUGUCUGCAGUUUGCAGCAUGGCACAGCAGGAAUCUUGGAAUGCUGCGAGCAAUCUCGUGGUUCAGUCUUUUAUACCACCUCAAAUUGUUUAAACACACAAAGCCACAAGAAUGAAAAAGUAUGCUUGGCCUCUCCCAGAAAAGAUGUUGCAACCCAGUUUCUCCAAAUUCCACCAACAAAACAGCCCCUGAAUAAGAAGAGCAGUUUUCCUGUGCAUAUAGAAGGUAUGUCACAGGUGAGCUCUUUGGGGACCAGAGAAAACUCUACACACCCACAUAGGCCCCUGAUAUACACUGGGAAAGGGAAGCGUGGCCAUGGACUUUUCCAUCUACAGCUGAAAUAAUUUGUCUAUGAGGUACAUUUUUUUUUCUUAAACCAAAAAGAAAUGUGAAUAUGUUCACAGAAAUAAUAUUUAGGAUAUCAGCUGGAAUCCUUAAAUAUGUGUGUACAUUUAUGAACAUCUAAAUGUAUUCUUAUAGGUCUUAAAAUGUUGCUUUAAUAUUUGUUGCCAGUAAUAUUCUUUCUCCACAGCCACUCCAAGAAUUCUGAAGUACUGGGCCUUUCUCAGAAGACUGUAAUGUACCUGAAGUUUCUGAAAUAUUGCAAAGCCACAGAGCUUAAGGCUGGUGCUGCCAAAAAGAAAAGCAACCUAGAGUUUAUUUUUAAGUAUCCAGAAGUGAUUUGUAAACUUGUUUUUCAUUUUAAAUUGACUACAUGUGCGAUGGUGGUGAUAUAUGUUGAGAACUAAGGGUACUCUUUUAGCAAGAGAAAAUAUUUUUACCUUAAUUCCA